AUGCAUGUGAAAGUGAAAAGACCGUCACAAAAGUCACAUUUUGUCAAAGUGGCGUCAGAAAUUGAAGUAAAUCGCAAAAUUCUUAAACAACAAGAAACUCAAACCGAAAUUACAGCUUUUCAAAGAAAUCUACGGCGAAAACGCGCUGAAAAGUCUGAACAUCGACGAUGCGACGUGGAAAAUUCUAAUGGAAAUGGGAUGGGAAGAGCGGUACACGUACCUCAUGGAUUUGAGGAAUUUCCAAGCGAAAUCCAAUACUUCGACUGAAAAUGACAGUUUACCGGUAAUUUCUUGUUAACCAAAGUACUACGACACGAAAAAUCCCAAAAAUUUGCAGGUCUCGACACGAAACGAACUACGCGCCAAGGCGGGCGAAAUGGUGUACGCCCGUCAUUUUCACGCACUCUUGGACUUGUACGGCGCGGAUUUCCGGCGCCAAAUCGACAUAAACUACGGGCGAAAUGUGAUGAAAAGCGAAAAAUUGCGCAAUUUCAUUGUCGAUUGUCGAUUUUUACGCGAUUAUUCGGUCGCUUCACAGUCCACGUAUACUGGGUAGAAAUUUGAGAUUUUUUGUCAACAAAUCCAGAAUUAUCCCAAUUUCCAGUCAGAUGCAAGCUCUACACGACGAAAAUUGGCUCUCGGACCGGCCAUUUUCGAUUAAUUUCGUCAAUUAUCAAGCCGACGCACAGCUAGUGGAUAUUGCCAAGAGGUGCCCCGGAAAAAUGGAUUUUUGCUUGAAAACAUAGAGAAAUCUCCAGAAAUCUGCUAUUCCAGUACGGACCGCCCACAAAAAGCGGCGAUUUUCGACCGCAUCCGUUCGCGCCGACGAUUACAUCCAGAAGAAUCGAGGCGGUCGAGAGAAAAGGUUUUUCCAACAUAUUUGACAUAUUUUUUUAAAGUGAAGUUCAAAGUGGCGCUUUAUGUGCUCAUUUUAGCACGAAAUAUGUUCAAAAAGAUGCGAGUAGUCGUUCUGAAUUUUUAGAAACCUGGAGAUUUUGUAUUUUGACCCACUUGCAUUAUUCCGAAGCGGACCCAAACUUUACAGGCUUCUGAUCCGCAUAUCUUGGGAGCGGAUGAUCCGAUGGGUUUGAAACUCGGACCCAAUAUACUUCGAUCCAAGUUCAAAAAUCCUGCAAGGCUUGGGCCCGAUCAGAUCAUUGCAAAUGAAACAAAAGUCCAGGCCUCGGCUGGCCGGUCUCGUCUUCAAUUUUUCUCAUUUUUCUCCUCAGAAUCGCUGCUGUACAUCUCUCCGAAAGCGACGCGAUUCGUGCCGGAAGUGGUGCCCGCCAACGUGAACGGAGUCGUCGUGUGUCUUUCGAACGAUGCCUCGCCCGCGACGAGCAGUACCAGUGCCUGCAUCGCCGACAAAAUCGUCCCUUAUCGGUUGCCUUACAGCAAAUAUAUCAGGUACGCUUUUCUUCAAAUGUCCCCCUCUCUCCUGAUCCCCCCAAAGAAAUGUGUAUUGCAGUUCGGAACGUUUCCGGCCGAGUUCGGUGCAACUAUGGCAGCUCGGACGCAUUUUCCGCGACUAUUUCGACGGAAAAACCAUGGAGAAAUGCAUUCGGAAUAACGUGCGUUCGGAGGAAAAAUAUCGAAAUGCUCAGGAUUUUUUGAAAAUUUCAGAUCGACAUUUUGGCCAGGAAACCGAAUGAAAAACGGAAAAACGCGGCGACGGAUGAGAGAAAUGAGGUAAACUGGCUUUUUUUUUAAACCUAGAUCCCCCGAGUAUUAUGAAAUCUUUUUGCCCGCUUUUCGAAAGUGUAUAAUAAAAAAGACACCUACAUUUCUCUCUUCGACGACAAAAAGCACUAAAAGCGCGCACACAUGUGUGUGUGUGUCUGUGUGUCUUUUUCUUUCCAAAGCACACUCAUCGUUUUAAUUGAAGGUGUUUCGAUCGGCAAUGCAUCACAUCAACAACUGUUCCGACGAUCCGACGACGACGCGCCGCCGAACCACAUAG